UAAUCGACUUCAAUUAUGGAUGGUAGCUCGGAGCAAGGCUCCCCCGCGAAUACUGGUGGCGCACUAAGCCUACAGGGCUUUGAUAACCAUAGGGAAAUGACCAUUGGCAAGCCGAUCUGCAUUAUGCCGCCGCGGCCAGGGACUGCGGUGAUGAACUACCAGGAGCUGUACAUACCACGCGAUCAGCUGACCUCCGUCUUUUAUCCCAUCGAGGAGGCACAGCGCUGGCUGACAUUGGUCGACAAAAUGGGCAAAUCGCACCGCUUUCCCCUGCCGACCAUACUACCGAAGGUGAUUCAGACACGCUAUGUGCCCAAGCGUCAGCUGCCCAAGGACGUAGAGGUGGACCGCCGCAGGCGGCAGUACCAGAAGAUCAAUCUCACCGAGGAACUGCAGCGCGCGGGACUCACCGACGAGGUGCUGCAGCCCACCGAGGAGCAGUACAACGUGAUGUCGGAGUUUGCCUUCCCGCACAAGUUCCCUCUGAGCUACUUUGACGACAGCAACUACGACAUCAACUCGCCAGCGGCCUGGUUUGCUCUGGGCGUGGUGGGGGAGGCGCACUAUCCACUGCCCGCGAAGGCGUAUCUGCCAUUCAACCGGAGCCUGCUCAGAUGCCAGUGGGUGUUGGCGUCCGUCACGGCGUACAACGAAGAUACGGACCUGUGGAAGCUCAUCUCGCUGGAGGAUGGCUGCACCUAUGAGGUGCCCAAGCUCCAGUUCAUGUUCCUGGCCGAGGAUCCGCACAAGUACAUCGGCCGCCUGAAGGCAGCCAUUCAUGAGCGCUACAAGGGCGAGCAGCUGAUGCUGAUGGAGCUGAUCGUCGACUGUGUGCUCCACGAGGACAUCGAGUCGACGGUCUUCUACAGCUUCAAACCCAUCGAGGCCGUGCUGCAAGCGGCCAAGGUCUCCGAGCAGUGCAAGCGACGCCUGCGAUCGGAGGUUAACUUGGUCUUUGAGCGCCUCAUGGCGCUCUACGAGUUGGAGCAGUUCAUCAUCAAGAUGCCCAAGGAGUUUCCACAGUUCCGCAACAUUGACCUCAAGGAGUUUCUGCCCCGCGACUUCCGCAACGAUAUCUCGGAGCGGGAGCGAGCGGCGGUCCAGGCCCUGGGCAUCACCAUGACGUCGAAGCGCUACGACUACCUGAAGGCCAGUCUCUUCUACUGUGCCGGCGGCAUCGAGGCCAUGGCCGGUGUCGCUAUCGAGUGCCAGCACAUCGAGACCAUGUCCAUCUUUGUCUGCAACUUUAGCAAGCCGCUGGCGCUGGUGGACUUUCUGAACUCGCAGGAGGCGCACAGCGACAAUGUGGCCACGUACCUGAAGGUCAACUGGCCCCAGCAGCUCACCUCCGUCAUCACGUUGGUGCUGCGGGCGCUGGGCAAGGGCUAUCUGGACAUAUCGCUGCUCGACUGGACCGUGUAUCUGAUGUGCAAGACCUCCCGGUUCAUAUUGCAGGUGAAGUUUCGCAUGCAGGAGUCGAUGGAGGUGUUGCUGGAGAAGUCGCUGAUGAACUUCUCGCACUUUGUCUGCGAUCCCUGUCUGCAGUUCCUCAAGCUCAGGGCCAGCUACAAGUGGACCAGCAACUACAUUGACACGGAGUUCCCCUUCCACAGGCCCGUGUUCGCCAUGACCCUGGGCAUCAAUGAGAAUCGAAAGGUGUUCUACUCCACCAAUCCCGACGAGUUCCAGCCAGCCCUGAUGGACAUCUACAAGCGGGGCCUGGAGAAGACCUCGGGCGUGCGCAUGAUCGACGCUUCGCUGAUGACCUUCCUCAAGUUCGCUCCCAAUAUGUACAUUCUGACGGUGGAGCUGAUCGAGGACAAGUUCCUCGUCCAGAACGAGCUGAUGAGGCAGUGCUACGCCAAGGCCGUGCUGCCCCUCAAGGCGUACGCGCGGAUGUACGAGAAAUUCAUAGACUUCUAUCUGCUGGACAUCAACGAGUACAUGGUGAGCUAUGCCGCGGCGAAGAAGCCCUCCUCGGCGGUCAAGCGGGACAUACUCGAGCACAAGCGGUUGAAGGAGGAGCUGCGAGUGAUCCUGCCGGCCUUCAUCACCAUCGGACCGUUCUACAUAAACGUGGACACGCUGAAGCAGUUCCUCAUCAAGAAGCGCAUUGACAUUGUGCGCCGCAUAUUCGAGUACUACGUGGAUCGCAUGUUCGAGACGAACGAACUGCUGCUGGAGCGCUGCACGGAGGUGUACAAAAGCAUCGCCGAGCGGCCCAUCAGCAUCGAGCACCUUUACCGCAUUCGGGACUUUGCCGCCACGGUGCCCGAUGUGGUGGAGCUGUUGCGGGCGGACAUACAGAUCAUGUGGCUGGAGUACGAUCUGCUGGACAGCUUCUUCUACAACCUGAGCGAUCACCAGUUCGCCAUGAAGUGGAACGUGUACGCCUGGCCGCACCAGAUCCUGGUGCGUCUCUCCACCUUGAAGGAGGAGCAGAAGAUCGACAUUGAGGAGUUCCUGCGCCAGCACGCCAGCGAGUGCCAGGCGUUUGAGGAGCGCCUCGAGUCCCUCAACGAUGAGAUCCAGGCCUACUCCCUGGUCUUCAACCCGAAUCGCGCCCAGGAGACAUCGGUGGACAUCAAAAAGACCUGGACACUGAUCAAGGAACUGCAGAAGGUCAGCCAGAUGCUGCAGUUUCGCCAGACGCUCUUCGAACAGGAGCCUCUCUCUGAGGAGUUCCUGCACAGCAUCAUCGAGAGCUUUGAGCCCUACAAGCAGCUGUGGUACGCCUGCUCCAACUUCCUCAAGCUCGAGGAGGCCACGCUGGGCAAUCCGAUAAUCCAGGUGGAACUCGAGGAGGUGUGGAACUAUCUGGAGGAGCUGCGCAGCGAGCUGCAGCAGUCUUUGGUCGUCUUCAACGAGAAGCCCGAGAUCAUGGAGGUGGCACACGUAUUUAUGGGCAAAAUCGACGAGUUUGUGCCCCUCUACAAUAGCAUCAGGGAUCUGCGCAACGACAACUGGAUGCACGUCCACUGGGUGGAGCUCAGCCAGGCGGUUGGCGUCGAGAUCAAGUACACCGUCUCCAUGAACUACCAGUAUCUGAUACGCAAGGGCAUCCUCGACUUUCUGCAACAGGUGCACGACAUCUCCGUGAAGGCCAACAACGAGGCCGAGAGUCUGCGCGCCGCUCUCGAGGAGGCGGAGCGCCAGAGACAGGCCGAAGAGGAUGCCAUCCUGCUGCGCAAAAAGCUACGCAAGUGUCGCCGGGAUAUACUCUAAGCUUUACUUUUUAUU